AUGGCUCCUCAACUUCACCAGCGCCCGCCUUUCCGUGCGGAGCACCUUGGCUCCCUGCUGCGCCCCCAGCAGCUUCUUGACACCAAGCUUGCCUACGAAGCUGGCAAGACCUCUGAGGCCGAACUGACCGCUAUCGAGGACAAGGAGGUCAACGACAUUGUCAAGACUCAGCAGAAGCUCGGCUACGCCGCGCUUUCUGAUGGCGAGUACCGUCGUCACAUGUUCUGGGGUACUUUCUUCCCCGGUCUCGACGGCUUCGAGGAGGUCAGCAAUGUCGAGGUGGAUGACUUCCGUCCCUACGCCCCCGAUAUCGCUGCUUUCCUGGAGGCUGGUCACAAGCCCGGUGAGAGUGUCAUCUGCACCGGAAAGAUCAAGCACGUCGGUAGCACCUACAUCGACCAGUUCAAGUACCUGGCCAGCCAGGUCUCCGCCGACGAGGUUAAGAACCUGAAGAUUACUCUUGCCGCUCCUAACUGGUACCACCUGCGCUACCGUGAGGGCAAGGCUUACCCCAAGUCUGUGUACACCAACGACGAGGACUACUUUGGCGACAUCGCCAAGGCUUACCAGGCCGAGCUGAAGAUUCUGUAUGAUGCCGGCUGCCGUAACGUCCAGUUCGAUGACCCCAACCUGGCUUACUUCUGCUCCGAGAAGUUCCUCAAUGGCUUCAAGGAAGACUCCCUCAACGUGUACAGCGCCGACACCAUGUUCGAGAAGUACAUCAAGCAGUACAAUGACAUCACCGCCAACCUGCCCGCUGACCUGCACGUCGGUGUCCACCUGUGCCGCGGUAACUUCGUCGGCAGCCGUCACUUCUCCGAGGGCGGUUACGACCGUAUCGCCAUCAAGCUGUUCCAGGAGCUGAACGUGCACACCUACUACCUCGAGUACGACACUCCCCGCUCCGGUGGCUUCGAGCCCCUCAAGUUCCUCCCCACGCACAAGAACGUCAUUCUCGGUGUCGUGACUAGCAAGUUCGCCACCCUCGAAGACAAGGAAGAAAUGAAGCAGCGUGUUCUCGACGCUGCUAAGUUCAUUGCCGAGGGUAACAACAUUUCCCUCGACGCUGCUCUUAACCAGGUCGGUGUCAGCCCCCAGUGUGGAUUUGCUUCUCACCGUGAGGGUAACGCCAUUGAUUGGGAUGGCAUGAUCAACAAGCUCCAGCUUGUUCGCGAUAUCGCCAACGAUAUCUGGCCCAACCAGGCUUAG